AUGUCUUCGCCUGCGGUGCACGAGAGCGUCGCCAAAAAGAAGCACGUUCGCUUCGCCAGAAUGGAGGAGGAGGAGGAGGAGGAGGACAACGACGAGCUGGAGGAGGACACGCUGUUUGACAAGAGGAAGGAGACCGGCCGGGGGCUGAAGAGUGCACUAAAGCUGGGAAAGAGGAACAGAAAGGCGGGAGCAGACAAGCGGGUGGAGGUGGUCGGCGGAGGCAGCGGGACGUGCGGCCGCUGGAUGGUCACGCUGGCGCUGUGUUGCUCCUUCCUCGGCUUGGGGAUGGGAAUCUCCGUCCUGGGCCCCACGUUUGAGGACCUGGCUGCCAAUGUGCACAAGAACAUCAGCAGCAUCUCCUACAUCUUCGUCGGCCGCGCUGCCGGCUACAUCGGCGGCUCUCUGGUCGGAGGCAUUCUGUUCGAGUGCAUGAACCCUCACAUCCUGCUAGGGAUCUGCAUGCUGCUCACAGCGAUUGGGAUGUACAUCAUCCCUUUCUGUAAGCAGGCCCUCUUCCUCACUGGAAUCAUGUCUGUGGUGGGGAUGUCCAUGGGAACGUUAGAUACAGGUGGGAAUGUGCUCAUCCUGAACACGUGGGCCGAACACUCGGGCCCCCACAUGCAGGCUCUUCACUUCAGCUUUGCUGCAGGGGCCUUUGCCUCCCCCAUCAUAGCCAAGCUGCUGUUCGGCCACGACGGAAACAGCAGCGCACACGUUACACCGACCGCCCCUCCUAACGGCACCCCAGCCGCCGACGCUCACCCCGUGAUCCACUACAUCCAAGCCAAGAGCAGCACCCUGAAGUCCAUGUGGGCCUACAUCGUGAUUGGCUCCUUUCUCCUCUUCACCUCCUUCCUCUUCUUCCUGCUCUACACCCGCAGCAGCCCGUCACGAGACAAACAGCAGGCGGCGUCAAGGAAGCCUCAGAUGGCCAAACACCACAUGGCUCUCAUCGUCCUGCUUUUCUUCUUCUUCUUCGCCUAUGUGGGUGCCGAGGUGGCGUACGGCUCCUUCAUCUUUACGUACGCCAAGGACUACGCCAACAUGCCUCAGGCCCACGCAGCGGGGCUCAACUCGCUGUUCUGGGGCACCUUUGCUGCCACUCGAGGGGUCGCCAUCUUCUUUGCGGCCUGCUUGUACCCAGGCACAAUGAUCCUGCUCUGCCUGGUGGGCACCAUCUUCUCCUCUCUGCUGCUCUGCCUCUUCACCAACCAUAAGGCGGUGCUGUGGGUGGGCACCGCCCUCUACGGGGCAUCCAUGGCCACCACCUUCCCCAGCGGGAUCUCGUGGUUGGAGCAGUACACUACAGUGACAGGCCAAACAGCAGCAGCCUUCGUGGUGGGGGCUGCGCUGGGGGAAAUGGUGCUCCCUGCACUCGUAGGCUUCCUGCUCGGCUUUUUCCCCAAGCAGCCCCUGCUCAUGUACCUGACCCUCAUCACGGCCACCGUCACCUCCAUCAUCUUCCCGGUCAUGUACAAGCUGGCCUCGGCCCCCGCCGGUCAGAGCAGGAAGCUCCGCGUCGGGGGCCGAGCCGACGCAGACGACAGCGAGUACCGACAGGCCCUGCUGGAUUCGGGAGCCACCGAGGAGGACGAGGAAGAGGAGGAGCAGAACGAGGCCGACCAGUGGAACGACGCAGACUUUGAGGUCAUCGAAAUGGACGACGCGUCGAGCGUUAAUUCGCCCAGCAAGGGGUCGUCUCCGCCUGAUGGUGGCGCUGUAACGGGCUCCUCUGCUGCCUCCAGCAGCCCGCUCCCAGGCCCGGUUCUGUUGGGAGACUCUCCCAGAGGCAAGCAGCAGCUCUCACUGGACAGACAGAAAAGAGACUGAAAACUACAGCGCCACCUGCUGAUGCUGCACUGGACAUUACAGCCAUGCUUGUUUCCAUUUGUUGUCCAGUGUUUGAGAGACUGAACCCUGCAGCAGCGUCAGCUCAGUCUGACUUUGUGGUGGCGUCCUGUUGGGUGCUGCAGGCUCGUCUGAUACAGACUAAGGGAACCCUGCGGUUCUGGCUCCGUCUGCACGGCUAACAGUUCAGUGCCUUCCUGAGGACACAUGCCUGAUCGCUCCACACGGGGGUUUGACAAUCCGUGUCAAGUUUGUUUUGUUGCACUUACAUGAAGGUUGUUGUUUGAUGCAAUGUGUUGAGGUUUACGUCUGUCAUCACUGUGAGUCACUUUCUGAAGGUUAAAUCUGAAUUACUGAACAAGACGGUUUAUGAAUACAGAUUUUUUUAUUAUAUCAAUCUCAAACCUCCACCCACAGCAACGUCAAUUAAAAACAAUCAAAAACA